UGAUUUGGAACCCCAAGACCACCUAGAAAUAGCCGAUUUAAUUUGUCGUAUAAGAAAUUCGAAGGUUGAAAAAGAGUCUCUGUCCUUUAAAAAAGCGGUGAAAAAAAUUAAUAACACCCCCAAACUAUUUUAUGGCUCAUUUGAAACUUAUAAAAGUGAUGCAAAACUCGGUCGCCAUUUUUAUUUUCUAGGCAAAGAAAAAGAGAAAUUUUACCAACUUCUCAUUCCCGAAAAUCACCCCGCCUUGGCUUUAUUUCCUAAAUUCAGUUACUUAAAUUACCAAAGACUUUGCUACAUUGAGGGAGCCGAAAAUAUUCCGAUUGAAAAAAAUUCUCUUGAAUACGCUG